AUGAACUGUAAGCUGUUGACGUCUUUUGUACUCUUGUUCGGCUGUUGCCACGCAGCACUCAUCACCGGAGAUAACGGUCUCCUCUCUAGAACCGCAGAUUUCUUCGGUAUCGAGAACAUUGCCAGUUUGGACGCCAAUGCUCGUGCCAAAAUCCUCAACAACGAAAUAGGCGCUGAUCUUUCUGCAGGUAUUGGCAAACAAGGAAUCGGCGCUCAUGGAGAAGUCAAUGGCGACGUUCUUGGACAGAAAGCCAAUGUCCACGCUGAUAUUCUUAACGGACAUGAGAUUGAUCAACGCAAUCAUGAUGUAUACAGGUAA